AUGAUCAAUUCAACUGAUGAUUCAAUGGAAUUGAUAAUUGCUGAACCACUUUCUCUUCCAUCUUUAUUAAAAUCUCAUAAUUAUUAUCAUGAAUCAUCAGGUUAUUCAUCAAAAGAAGCUGAAUGUAGUGGUUCGGAAAAUAAAAUACAUGAUGUUAAAUUAAGAACUCAUACAAAUAGACCAGUUGACAUUCAUCGUCGACGACAUAAAAUAUCUACACCAACAAUUAUGUCAAAUACUGAUUCAUUGACUAUUGAUGAAUCUCUUCCCGUCAUGAUUACCGAUAAAACAAACCAUCGUCUAUCACCAAUCUGUGAUGAACAACUUGAACAUUUUCCUUUAAUUAAUUCAACUGAUAAUAAUCGUAUUUCAACAAAAUCAUCUUCAUAUCAAUCAACAACAUUUGCUCGUCGUCAUUUUCAUAUAUAUGAUUGGACACGUCUUUCAUUUUAUGAUAAUGUUCCAAUACCAUUUGGAUAUUUAAGUGAACCAUUAAUUAUUGAAGAUUGUUCACCAAUAUCAACGUCAACAUCAUCAAAUGAUGAUAAAAAUAUAUCAACGAAUCGAAAAGAUUCUGGCCUUGGUACAAGUAGUAUUGAACGACAAAUUGAUUCAAUUAUAUUAACUACUAAUAAUAUUAAUCGAUCAUUAUCUCCGUCUUCAUCAUCAUCUUCUUCAUUGAAUAGUAAUAUAACAAAUACAUCAUCACGUUUACCAACUAGUCGUAAAAUACGUGUUAAAUGGCAUUCAUUUACAAAAACACAUCGUCCAAGUUUUAAUUCAUCAAAAUAUCAUUUAGGACAAAUGUCUGUUGGACAAUUAUUAGCAUUACGUCGUGCUGCAUUAAUACGUUUACAAGAAUUAUUUGAUACAACACGAAUAUUAUCUAUGAAUAAACCUACAUUAGUUAAUAGAACAAUUCCAUCAAGACAAUGUUUAUUUGCAACAGCAUUUAGUGCUGUACCAAAAUUAAUUAUUCGACGACAUCAACAACGAAAGGAAAUUCAUCAUGAAAUUAAAAAAUUAGUCUUCGGAGUUUCUCUUCUUUCUAUGACACAACGUACUGGACAUCCAGUACCAAUAACAAUUAUUUCAGCAAUGAAAUAUUUACGACGUACAUCUAUUGAUAGUGUUGGUAUAUUUCGUAAACCUGGUGUAGCUCAUCGUAUAAAACGUCUUCAUGAUUUAAUAGAAUCUAAUUUUGAAUUUCAUAAAUUUGAUGAAUUUAGUCCAUAUGAUGUAUCCGAUGUAUUAAAACAAUAUUUUCGUUUAUUACCUGAAUGUUUAUUUACAAUAAAAUUAUCUUCAUUAUUUCUUCAUAUAAAUGAUCAAUUUUCAUCUAUUGAUAAAAAUUUUCUUAAAAUAAAUAAUGAACGUCGUUUACUUGCAUUACAAUAUUCAAUUCUUUUAUUACCUGAUGAAAAUCGUCUUGUUUUACAUUUACUUUUAUCAUUUUUAAAUGAUGUUUCAAAACAUUCAAAAACAAAUCAAAUGAGUUCAAUUAAUCUUGCAACAUGUUUUGCUCCAACAUUAUUUUCAUUUAAUAAUUCAAAUAAAUUUUCAUCAAAUAAUGGUAUGCCAGAUUUAAAAGAAAUUGAAGAACAACGUAAAGCAAUGGAUAUACUUUCAUUUAUGAUUGAUCAUGUUCGUUUAUUAUUUAUUGUACCUAAUGAAUUACAUCAAGCAUGUCAUUUUUCUUAUAUUGAAAUUGGUGAACCAUGUACACUUGAAGAAUUAUCACGUCGUAUUAUUGAUACAACAAUAACAAGUCCAAUUAUAAAUAAAUCUCGUCGUUAUUUAUCAAAUAAACGUACAAUACAAAAACGUACAAAAGAAAUUGGUAUAAUAUCAGCAUCUGAUUCUAUUGGUUCAUUAUCAUCAUCAUCAUCAUGUGAAAAUAUACUUUUAAAUGUUAAUAAUAAUAAUAAUAAUAAUAAUUUAAAAUCAAUAAAAAUAAAAACAAAUACAUCAUAUCAAAAUUUUAUUGAUCGUUGUAUAAUUGAAGUAAUGCGUGAAUCAUGUUAUACAAAAUUAAAAGGAUGGACAUCAUUUGGAAAAAAUAAUGAUAUUGAAUUAGCAUAUAAAAAAUUAAAUGAUGGACAUCCACUUGGUUUAUGGAAAUGUUCAAUUGAAAUUGAAGCACCACCUAUUGAAAUUCUUAAUCGACUUUUAAAUGAAAGACAUUUAUGGGAUGAUGAUUUUCAAUCUGGAACUAUUAUUGAAAAAUUAAAUCGUAAUACACAUGUUUAUCAAUAUACUAUCAAUUCAAUGGCUCCUUUAGCAUCUCGAUAUUUUUGUGAAGUACGUAGUUGGAGAAUAAAUAUUCAAUUAAAUACAGAUGGUAAUUAUCAAAAUAAUAAAUUAUCAAUAAAUCUUCCUGUUAAUUCAUCAUUAUCAACUUCAUCAAAUGCUAUUACAUCAUUGAUUUCAACACAAAAUAAUCAACGACGAGAAGCUUGUGUUCUUGUUUGUACAUCUAUUGAACAUCCGAAAGGACAUUGUCCACCUAAACUUGUUCGUGCAGUUACAUUGGCUUCACGAUAUUUAAUUCAAUCUUAUGGAUGUGGAAAAUCUAAAAUAACACAUUUGAGUCGUGUUGAUUUAAUGGGACGUUCUCAUGAAUGGUAUUCAAAAGUUUAUGGUUCAAUAUUAACUCGAUCGAUGAUGAAACUUCGCGAUUCAUUUGUUCAUUUAAAUACAGGACCUGAAACAAAAGUUUAA